AUGGAUGAAAUCUAUAACCUGGAAUAUACCUUUUUCUAUUCAAGCAUCCCGCUCCUUGUCACUGGAUUCAUCGGAAAUGUGUUGGUAAUACGAGUGGUUCACAAAACACGGGAGAUGCACACGCCGACAAAUUAUCUUUUGGUGAGCAUGGCCGUUAGUGAUGUUAUCACCAUUUUGUUAUGGCCGUUGUAUUUCUUUGUAUAUUGGAAAUUCUUUUGCAAGUUAUUUGCGCUCGUUCAAGCCUGUAUAACGGUUUCCUGCAUUACAAUAACUGUACUAGCAGUCGAAAGAUAUCACGCUUUACUGAAACCUUUUAGAAAUGGACUUCUCUUAAGAGAAGACAACAUUAAGAAGGCGAUCGCUUACAUUUGGGGCGCUAGCGUCCUCGAAAGCUUCCCACUCAUAUUCUUUAAAGAAUGGAGCAAGACUUAUGAGACAUGUAUUGGUCCCUGGACAUUACACUUGAAUCAAGGUAGCAAAGCUUGU